AUGGAGCGCCCAUGGCAACAAGAGGGGGCAGAUUUGUUCCACCUGGAGGGACAAAAUUUUCUGCUGCUUGUGGACUACUAUUCACUCUACCCUGAAAUCAUCACGCUACGCAACAGUUCCAGCCUAGCGGUGAUGUCGGCUAUCAAGAGCGUCACGGCUCGAUUCUGCAUACCGGAAGUGUUCCAAAGUGAUAAUGGACCCCAGUUCUCGUCACACGAGUUUGCAAGUUUUGCGAAAAACUAUGGGUUCAGUCACGUUACUAGCAGUCCCGGUUACCCCCAGUCAAACGGUGCAGUGGAACGGGCAGUGCACACUGUGAAGGACCUCUUCCGCAAGAGCAAUGACUGCUUCCUGGCACUGCUAGCGUAUUGCGACACACCAGGUGUCACGGGUUACAGCCCAUCGCAGCUGCUCAUGGCUCGACGGUUACGAACGCGCGUACCCAGGGACCACAGCAAAUUGUCUCCAGAAAUACCACCCCCACACAUCUUCUCCCAAAAGGACACCACCACCAAAAAACGGCAAGCUCGGAACUUUAACCAUCGCUACGGGGUGUGA